CCAAUCUGUCUUUCUCUGCUUUCAGAAACCGAAAAGUUAAGAGCAGAGCAAACUUUUAUUUUAUUUUAUUUUUAUUUUUUGGCCUUUCUCUUCUUUUUUCUACACCUCUCUUUUAUCUCCAAAAAUUCUGCAUUACUUUUCUUUUCCACCAGUCAAACCAAGAAAAGAUACACACAGAUUUAUAUCAAUCUGUUUGUGAGGAAGUGCCUGUUUAUGUUCAACAAAGGGUUCUGUUUUUUUUCUUUUUCUUUUUCCUGCAUUUUGAGGGGAGGAAGUGAAAAAGCUGAGAGAAAAUCCAGUUUAUAAAAAUAAAAUCAGAAAAAGAUGAGAGUGGCAGUGAUAGGUGGAGGUAUUAGUGGUCUGAUUUCUGCAUAUUUUCUUGCCAAAAAUGGAGUUAAAGUGGAUUUGUAUGAGAAAGAAGAUUACAUGGGAGGCCAUGCCAAGACUGUAGCCUUUGAUGGUGUUGAUUUGGACCUCGGGUUCAUGGUCUUCAAUCGAGUAACAUAUCCAAAUAUGAUGGAGUUGUUUGAGAGCCUUGGGAUUGAUAUGGAGAUAUCAGAUAUGUCAUUUUCAGUGAGUUUGGAACAAGGACAAGGCUGUGAAUGGGGUAGUAGAAAUGGUUUGUCAAGUUUGUUUGCACAGAAGAAGAACCUCUUCAAUCCUUACUUCUGGCAAAUGGUCAGAGAAAUUGUUAAGUUCAAGGAUGAUGUUAUCAGUUAUCUUGAGAUGCUUGAGAACAACCCGGAUAUAGAUCGCAAUGAAACAUUGGGACAGUUUGUCAAGUCUCAUGGUUACUCAGAAUUGUUUCAGAAAGCUUAUCUUAUUCCAAUUUGUGGUUCAAUCUGGUCCUGUCCUUCAGAAGGUGUUAUGAGCUUUUCAGCUUUCUCUGUUCUUUCUUUUUGUCGAAAUCAUCAUCUACUUCAGCUUUUAGGGCGCCCUCAAUGGCUUACCAUCAAAGGGCGGUCACAUUGUUAUGUUAAGAAGGUAAGAGAAGUAUUGGAGAGUACAGGUUGCCAAAUAAGAACUUCUUGUGAGGUACAUAAGAUUUCGACAGCUGAUGAGGGCUGUAGAGUUUUCUUUGGAGAUGGGUUUGAAGAACUAUAUAAUGGAUGCAUAAUUGCUGUCCAUGCUCCUGAUGCUGUUCGAAUACUAGGAGAGGAAGCUACAUUCGAUGAGCUCAGAGUCCUUGGUGCUUUCCAAUAUGUCUACAGUGAUAUUUACCUUCAUCGUGACAAAAAUUUAAUGCCCCAAAACCCAGCAGCAUGGAGUGCAUGGAAUUUUCUUGGAAGCACAGACAAGAAAGUUUGUUUGACAUACUGGCUUAAUGUUCUUCAGAACAUCGCUGGAACAGAUCUUCCUUUUCUUGUGACUCUCAAUCCAAAAGACAAACCAAAACAAACCUUGCUUAAGUGGUCUACUGGCCACCCGGUUCCAUCUGUUGCUGCGUCAAAAGCUUCACUUGAACUUCAUCAUAUUCAAGGAAAGAGAGGAAUUUGGUUUUCUGGAGCAUAUCAGGGUUAUGGCUUCCAUGAGGAUGGAUUGAAGGCUGGAAUGGCAGCUGCACAUGGUAUACUUGGAGAAAGUUGUGCUCUUCUCAGCAACCCAAAACACAUGGUACCUUCGCUGAUGGAAACAGGAGCACGCCUAUUCGUUAGUAGAUUUCUUGGAUGCUAUAUUUCUACUGGAUGUUUGAUUUUAUUAGAGGAAGGAGGAACGAUGUUCACCUUUGAGGGAACCACAAAAAGAUGCCCUCUCAAAACAGUACUAAGAGUUCACAGUCCACAGUUUUACUGGAAGAUUAUGACACAGGCUGAUUUAGGCCUUGCAGAUGCAUAUAUCAAUGGGGAUUUUUCUUUUGUUGACAAAGAUGAAGGUCUACUAAAUCUUAUUAUGAUUCUCAUUGCCAACAGAGACUCAAAUCCUGCUGUUGCAAAAUCAAAUAAGAAAAGCUUGAGGGGAUGGUGGACACCAAUGUUAUUCACAGCUAGUAUAGCCUCAGCAAAAUAUUUCUUUCAGCAUGUAGCGAGGCAAAAUACUCUUACACAGGCUCGCAGGAACAUCUCUCGUCAUUAUGAUCUGAGUAAUGAGCUUUUUGCUCUCUUCUUAGAUGAAACAAUGACUUACUCAUGUGCUGUAUUUAAGGCAGAAGACGAAGACUUGAAGGCUGCACAAAUGAGAAAGAUCUCUCUUCUGAUUGAAAAGGCAAGAGUUGAUAAGAAGCAUGAAGUUCUUGAGAUUGGAUGUGGUUGGGGAAGCUUAGCUAUAGAACUUGUCAAACGAACUGGAUGCAAGUACACUGGCAUCACUCUGUCAAAGGAGCAACUGAAAUAUGCAGAGAAGAAAGUUAAAGAUUCUGGUCUUCAGGACCGCAUCAAAUUUCUUCUUUGCGACUAUCGCCAAUUGCCUGAUACCUAUAAAUAUGACAGAAUCAUCUCCUGUGAGAUGAUAGAAAGUGUUGGCCAUGAAUUUAUGAACGAUUUCUUCGGUUGCUGUGAAUCUGUACUAGCAGAAGAUGGCCUUCUUGUUCUACAAUUCAUUUCAAUACCGGAUGAACGUUACGACGAAUACAGACGAAGUUCAGACUUUAUCAAGGAGUAUAUAUUUCCUGGAGGAUGUCUACCUUCAUUAAGUAGAGUAACAUCAGCCAUGGCUGUUUCAUCAAGACUAUGUGUGGAGCACCUUGAAAACAUUGGAAUUCAUUACUACCAAACACUCAGAUAUUGGAGGAAAAAUUUCUUGGAGAAGCAAAGUGAAAUUCUUUCUCUGGGAUUCGAUGAAAAAUUCAUCAGGACAUGGGAAUACUAUUUUGAUUACUGUGGAGCAGCUUUCAAGUCAUAUACACUUGGAAACUACCAGAUAGUGUUUUCACGCCCUGGAAAUGUUGCAGCACUUAGCAGUACUCCACAGACAAGCUUUCCUUCUGCAUGUUGAUUCUGUUUAUACAUCAUUAUGUAUCAUCAUCAUUUUUAUUUACUUUUUUAUCUUUUUUUCUUUUAAAUCUUUCAUUUGUUUCCUUGGCUUGACAGCUCAAAUUAAUUACUACAUUCUUUGAUGCUUCAAAAAUGUAACUGAAGGGUCAAUUUGUUGUCGAAUUUAUAUUUCUUUCUCCUUCAUUUAAUUUAUCUAUGUGAUGUCUAAUUUAUAGCUA